AAGGUUAGCUUCGCGUUGCUUUCAAGAUGCUCAUUACGGUUGACAACUACAACUGGCGACCAGCUGGAUAAAACAACCUAUAAAGCUUGGUCCAUUUGAGAGAAUACAAAAUAUGUCACGAGACGCGCAAUCAAAAGCUUUCUUUUCGCAAAGUCGAUUACUCUGAUUGGCUGUGUCCCAUCUGAUAAAGGUAUCUCUUUUUCGCCUGUGAACCCGCCAGAUCGAUAAAGGUAGUUAGAAGAGGAAAAUUGCUGAAAUUCGAAGAUGAGAUAACCAAUUAAGAAUGAAAACAAAAUGUAUAAAAAUUGAUAAUAUAUUCACAAAAAUUACAACGAAGGAAUGGAUAAAAUAGGCGUAAAGGCACAAAGAAAAACAUCCGAGAAUCGAAUACAAAAUAACGUGCAGUGUCAUUGUUAUAUGUAUAGUUCUGCUGCGCCAUUCUGCGGUUUCACCACGAUUUAAUGAUUUAAACCUUUCACGCAGAGCGGAGAUUUCGCUAUUUAAAGUUAACCUCCAUCACUUGUGCUCUAAUUGUGGAAACUACAUCUGGAUUUCUAGGUGAAAGACAGAAGAAAAUAAUCAUCAUAAUGAGCGAGGACGCCGAUCGACUGAGUAAAUAUCUAAAGCAUUCGCUGAAAACGGCGCCGAAAUCGAAUGUUUUGGAAUGUCGUGUCUGCGAAGAGGUUUUUACUGUGGAUGGUGUAAAGGUACCACGUUUGUUGCACUGUGGACACACAGUGUGCCACGCGUGUCUGUUGCGAUUGAGAACUUGCAUGCAGGAUCAGCAGUUUCUGCUGUGUCCCUUCGACCGGCAACCCACCGCCGUGUACGAAAAUAGCGUCUACAGUCUGAAGAAGAAUUUUGCACUCAUCGAGCUGCUCGAACGGCUGGAGCAAUCCAAUAGCGAGAAGACAGUGGUGUUGGAACGCGAGAGGCAUCAGUCAAAUCAGUCGUGCGACGAAGACGAGGCUCACACUGCUGUUCUCUAUUGCACGGUUUGCGCCACGCAUCUGUGCGAGACAUGCGACACCGCCACACAUUCAUCUAAAACAUUAGGCAAGCAUAGACGAGUGCCACUGUCAGAGAAGCCACGUGAAAAGCCUCGCUGUCCAAUACAUAUGGAGCACGUGGCCGAAUUCACAUGCACCCAAGAAGGCUGUCACAAUUCCUUGAUGUGUUAUCUGUGUAAAGAGUAUGGCAAACACAGCAUACACAAGCCGGCAUUGGUGGAGGAAGAGGCCGAGAAUAUCAGAAAAUCCAUUAUUGCCGCAUUACAAAAGAUGACACAGUUUAUGGAAAGCAUGAGAGACACUGCACACAAGAUAGAAAUAGUAAUUGAAGAAUUAGAGGGCUGGGCGGUCGAAGAUGCGAGAAGAAGAGUGCGAUAUCAUUUUGAGGAACUACGCGCUGUUCUGGCCGAACAAGAGAAAACGGCGAUGGCAUAUAUCGAGACGGAGACUCGCGGUAGAUUGUGUGCGUUGAGACAGCAACAAAAAGAUCUCACGACCACGAGAUCACAAGUGGCCGGUGUGUGUAUCCAAUGCGAGAGCAUACUCGAUUCCGAAGACUGGAAAUUAUUGAGUAGCUCAGAAAAAGUCAAGGAGGUUCUAGCGACGUUGGAACAACAGCAACAACAUUAUGCACAAUUGGGACCAGAUUUUCUCAGUCCCGAAUCCUCUAUACCAAUCAUAUUCAGCAGGGUAUGUUAA